AUGUCUGAAUUAAUCGAAUACGAAGAUAUUGUCAUGGAAGAAAACAUCUACAACGAUGCACUGCCAUUUGCCGAGUUCGAAGAAGACACUCCAUCACCAUCAUCAUCAUCAUUGUCGCCACCACCAUCAUCAUCAUCAUUGUCGCCACCAUCAUCCGAGCGAAGAAGAAGGGCACCCCGCAAAUACACCCAAGAAGAUGUUGUGGCGGUUCUCAAAGCCUAUUUCUACGAAGGACGUAGUGCUGAAGAAGCUGGCGCGACCGUCGGGAUGCCGAAGUCAACGGCAGCAAAGUUGAUUCGCACUUACCGACCACGGAUGCCAGCUCCACCCCCAAGGCCCCGCCAUCGUGCCCGUCCAGCACAAGCGCAGCCAAGUAUAAUUACGAAAAUUAGUGAGGAUGUUCUGGCAUCUGCUUUGCAACAAUAG